AUGUUCGGCGCGUUAGUUGAUUACUGGUACUAUACUGGCGAUGAUCAAUUCAACAACAUUACAACGCAGGCGAUACUUUUUCAAGUGGGGAAAAAUAAGGACUUCCAGCCUGCUAACCAGUCCCAGACCUCUGGGAACGACGAUCAAGGGUUUUGGGGAAUAACUGCUAUGGGUGCCGCCGAGGAUAAAUUCCCGAAUCCGCCCCCUGACCAACCGCAAUGGCUUGCUCUGGCUCAAGCAGUUUUCAACACACAAGCAGUCCGGUGGUACAACGAGACCUGUAAUGGCGGCCUGAAGUGGUCCAUCAACACUUGGGGACGCGGAUGGAUAUACAAAAAUACCAUUUCGAACGGAUGCUUCUUCAAUCUUGCUGCCCGACUAGCGCGGUACACGGGCAAUGAAACAUAUUUUCGCUGGGCGGAAUCGUCCUGGAAUUGGGUGAGCGGCGUUGGCCUCGCCAGCCCAAAAUUCGAAUAUUACGAUGGCGCAAGCGAUGCUGGAACCGAUAACUGCACCGACAAAAAUCACAUACCUUGGACUUAUAAUGCUGGAAUCUUCAUGUCCGGAAUCGCCAGCAUGUACAACAUUACAACUGGUAAGGAACAAGAGGCUUGGAAACAACGUCUCGAAGGAACCAUCAAGCAAACAGAGAUUACGUUCUUCCCGGAAAGGAAAGGUCGAGUCAUGACCGAAGUUGUUUGUGAGGAUGCACCGGGCAUCAAAGUGUGUGAUGCAGAUCAGCGGUCAUUUAGAGCUUACCUUUCCCGCUGGAUGGGCCUAACCGUAAAACUUGCCCCGUUCUCGAAACCCCUGAUCAUGCCAAUGCUGCAGCGGUCUGCCGAAGCUGCCGCGAGGCAGUGCAGUGGGCCAGACAAUGUUUGUGGUUUGCGCUGGUCGCACCAAGACAAGUGGGAUGGUGACCAAGGCGUGGGCGAGCAAAUGGCAGCGAUGGAGGUGCUCCAAAAUAACCUAGUUGACCUAGUUGCCGGCCCUGCAGACGCGAAAACCGGUAUUAGCAAAGGUGACCCAAAUGCGGGAGAGCGUGUAGGUAGCAGGCCCGUCGAAUUUUCAGAAAUUACAACCGGUGAUAAAGUUGGGGCUGGCUUUGUGACAUCGAUAAUCUUGUUGGCCGUUCUUGGCGGCGCUUGGUGGUUGGUUUCCUAG